AUGUCCUUUGCUAUGCCUUCGACGCCGCCACGGUCGGCUAAAAAGAAGACUCCUCAGGUUUCAAUCACUGAAACCACUCCAACUACUCCAGCUAAGGAGAAGCCUGGGUUGGACUUGAGCGACUUGCAAACGCCCAGAAAGACCCCUCAUAAGCCAAAAACGCCAUAUAAAGCCCAACAGACAAAGACUCCUAAGGGUUUGGCGCCUACUGAACUUCUACUUCCUACUCCAGGGUUCACGCCGCAGAAAUCGCCUAGGAACAGAAGAAAGAGACCCCUGGUGGACCUCUUUUCGCUGCUGGAGCUGCUAGGAAUGCUCCUUCCUAACCAUCUGGUUGCUGGAAGUGGCCGCAAGACGGUGCUGCCUCAGAAACUACAUGCUCCUAUUAGUCUUGACCCUAGGGAGCUUUCCAAGAUCAACGAAAACUUAGCAUUUGAAGAGGACGACGAGGCCGUUCCAGAUAGCCCUACAAGAAGAGCUCCCAGGAGAAAGCAUCCAAAGACUGCUGUGACGCCUGGAAAACAGAUGAUCACUGAAGACUUGGUCGAGCAGUGGCACGGCAAGCUGUUCAACACGGAUUUCUCUUCAGACGAUGAGUUUGACUCAGGCGGACCUAUUCCAAAUCCAUUUACUGAUGCGUCGCCUACCAAGAGAGGCCCUCCAGCACCUUCCAAGGUCGAUUUCUCCACACACAACGAGUUUAUCAACCCCAAAACCGGCGAACGGAAAGUCGUCGAACUCACAGAAACACAGAAAAAUUCAAGCCUAAAAAUUGAGCUUUUCGGGUUUAUAGGCUGGCCCAUGAACCACACUAUAUAG